GAGAGGAUGCUGACGUGUAUAACGUGUUCCAAGCAACAGAUAGAAGAUGGAGGAGAGGAAGUGGGAGCGCGUGGGACUCCCAGUAGUAAAGAAGCCGUCAAAAGCCUGACGGCGCAGAUCAAGGAUGCAUUAAAAGUUUCUGGUUCUUCAAAGGGGAAGCCACCUAUAGGACCUAGCAGCUACAAGAAAGGCCAAAGAGCUUACCCAGACUUUGAGACCAUAUCUGAAGGGGUAAACUACCCUUAUAUGCAACCCGGAAGCUCUAGCUCUACUCCUGCUUGGGAUUUCACUAGCAACGAACCAAGUGGAGGAUAUGAACCCCCUCGACAAUCUGGUCAUUUGGUGUUGGAGGAUGAAGACGAACCUAAAGAAUGGAUGGCUCAGGUGGAACCCGGUGUUCAAAUCACUUUCGUUUCCUUGCCUAAUGGUGGAAAUGACCUUAAACGGAUUCGCUUCAACCGAGAAAUGUUCAAUAAAUGGCAAGCUCAGAGAUGGUGGGGGGAGAACUAUGACCGAAUAAUGGAGCUUUACAAUGUUCAGAGAUUCAACUGCCAAGCUUUAAACACCCCCUCUCGCUCUGAGGAUGGGGUAAUCUACCUUCCUCUCUUUCGUUCUUCCAGAGAUUCUACCUACUCAAGGCUGGGAUCAGCAAGGGAAAGCCCAAUGAUGACCCCAUCAGUUAACAAAGAUUGGAACAGGAACUAUUAUAAAUCGUCGGACCAGGGAGGCAAUCACCAAUUCAAUGUGGGCCCAAGUGCUUACGGAGGUAGCGGGCCCAAGGGUGAGGUGUCAUCUAUGGAGGCAUCAAGGACAACAACAUCCUCUAGAGAUGAGGCUUCAAUUUCAGUUAGCAAUGCCAGUGACAUGGAGUCGGAGUGGAUAGAGCAAGAUGAGCCUGGUGUUUAUAUUACCAUCAGACAGUUAACAGACGGCACCAGAGAGCUCCGGCGUGUCAGAUUCAGUCGUGAAAAGUUUGGGGAAGUGCAUGCAAAACAAUGGUGGGAAGAAAACAGGGAGAGAAUACAGACCCAAUACCUUUAACUAGAAGCUUAAAAGAUUAAGAUGAUCCAUCGUCAGUCAUUUUAACGUAGGGCGAAGAUGCAUGGGAAUGUUAUACAACUAAUCAAUCAUACCAAUACCAGUUUGACGUUGAUUCGCAGCAAGUUUUGGACAUCCGAUCGGAUGCUGAUGCUCUCUCUCUCUCUCUCUCAUUGUUUCAAUUUCUUUAUAUUCGGGUGUUGGGUGGAUUUUUAUUGUGUUUUGGGUCUCAGGAACUUGUGUUGUAUUUAUUCUUUAUGAAAGAAG